AUGAUUAUCAGGCAGGUCAAUGAAUUGGUCACGAAUGCUAGCAAGGAUACACUGGGAACAGCUGCGAUGCUCAGUAUUGAAGAAGAAGCCGAGCACCUUCUGAAUGUUGAUGUUGACCUAUACAACCGAUAUGUUCGCACUCAAGGAGGCUCUGAAGCAUCUUGGCUUCAAACAGUUAUAAAAAGUGGUACAGCGAGCGACCGAAUGACGGCCAUGCAGCUUCAGGUAUAUCCCCAAUUACGGCGUUAA